CACCAAUGAGCACAUACUGAGGCAGGAAAGUUUUACAUUGCACACAACAAAGUCUCUAAAUACUAGAAUUUGUAAUCUAGGGAAUUAAAUUGAAACUAAUUAAUUAAUUAAUUUUAGUAUCCAUCAAAACAAUAACCUAAUUUUGGUAUCAUUCCCAUCUUAAUUCUUCUUUUUUGUCUUUUUCUUUUUUGGGUUCACUUUUUUUCUUUAAUCUUUUCUUUUAGUUUUAGUUUUUUGGUUUACUUUAUUCCCAUCUUAAUGCUUCUCGGAUCAUCCAAUCACAUUCUAACCUACAAUUCAUGUGCAUGCAUGGGUUGCAGUCGUACCUACUAGUAUUAGUAUUCUUUGAUGUCAAAGAUGAAAGCCACACGGUUCAAAACGUUUACAUUUUCAAUUCAUUGUUUAAGUUAUAAACUUUCAUGAAAUCCAAAUUUGAACCACAUCCAAGAACAUAAACUUCUGGUCAAAUUCGAUGACGAUUCAUAUCAUUAACUCACAUUGCUAGGACAUGGAAUUAAAAUGAAAGUACAAGGUCUAUAAAUACCCAUCUUCAGAAGAAUCUCAAUUCAUCACGAAUUAAGCUAUUUUCCAAGGCUCUAGCUCAAGUUUCUCUCCGGAAUCAAACACGUUUUAUAUUUCUGCCUCCAUCUCAAGACUUUAAAAUCUUACAAGUCUAGAAUUUUCACCCCAAGACUAUUCCAUUUCUUUCUUAGACAUACUUCCUAUCCUUAUUUAGUACAUCAAACCUAUUAAUAUUCCUCAUGGAAGGAACAAAUGCCCACCUUCAAGCUCCAACUUAUGGAAAUCUGGUUACCAUCCUCAGCAUUGACGGGGGUGGAAUAAGAGGCAUAAUUCCUGGAACCAUCCUUAGCUUUCUCGAAUCUGAAUUUCAGAAAUUGGAUGGUGAGGAUGCAAGAAUUGCAGACUAUUUCGACGUGAUCACGGGAACGAGUACAGGUGGUCUAGUGACUGCAAUGCUUGCUAGCCCAAAUGAGAAGAAUCGCCCCAUUUUUGCUGCAAAGGAUAUCAACGAAUUCUACCUCAAUGAGUGUCCUAAGAUCUUCCCACAACACCGUUUCCAAUUAUUUGCUCAGGUAUCCAAGGUGAUAAAAGCUAUAGCAGGACCGAAAUAUGAUGGGAAAUAUCUGCAUAACCUUGUGAAGGAGAAACUAGGAAAUACAAGAUUGAACCAGACAUUGACCAAUGUCAUCAUCCCAACAUUUGAUAUAAAAAAACUUCAGCCUACCAUCUUCUCCAGCUUUCAGGUUAAGAAUAAUUCAUCCUUAAAUGCUCGACUCUCAGACAUAUGCAUUUCAACUUCCGCUGCACCAACUUAUCUUCCAGCUCAUUAUUUUAAAACCAAAGAAGAGAAGACAGGAAAAGUGAGAGAUUUCAACCUUAUUGAUGGUGGUGUUGCUGCAAAUAAUCCGACUUUGGUUGCUUUGGGAGAAGUGACAAAGGAAAUAAUCAAGGGAAGCCAAGAUUUCUUUCCUAUAAAGCCGAUGGACUAUGGUAGAUUUCUAGUCAUAUCCUUAGGUACUGGGGCACCAAAAGCUGAAGAAAAAUAUACUGCUGAUAAGGCUGCUAAAUGGGGCGUAUUGGGUUGGUUAACAGCCAACGGUUCCACACCUUUAGUCGAUGUGUUUACUCAUGCCAGUGCUGACAUGGUAGAUUUGCACAUUUCUGAACUUUUUCAAGCCCUUCACUGCGAAAAAAACUAUCUCAGAAUUCAGGACGAUACAUUAAACAAGACAGUUUCUUCUGUAGAUAUCGCCACAAAAUCGAACCUGGAUGAACUUGUGAAAACUGGUGAAAGGCUGUUGAAGAAACCAGUUUCAAGAAUAAACUUAGAGAAUGGAAUAUUUGAGCCUUGUAGUAAGGAGACUAACGAAGAAGCUCUUAUAAGAUUUGCUAAACUGCUAUCUGAAGAGAGGCGACUUCGCCAUGCUAAGUCACCUCAUGGACAAGCUGCAAAUUUUAAAUAAUGAUACCAGGAUUUGGAUUCUCCAAUUUGGGGAAUCAUGUACAGGACGUUACAAGCUAAACAACCUUAAAAUAUAUGAUUCUGUAUUGGUCACACUAUGCUAGAAUAAGUGUCUAAAGGGAUACAAGUUGUAUAAUGUUUCCUCUCUUUUCUUUUAAUUUUCUUUUAUUUAAAUUCUUUGGAUUUGUAAGUCAAAUAAUCAAUCCAUUUAUACAAAUGUGGUUCUAAUAAAAUUCUUUUACUACAGGAUUAGGGUUUC